AUAUAGGUAUAUGCUACCAGUAUAUCAAUACAAUUUCCUGCUCUGGCUUUGGGCAGUUUUUGUAUUCAAGUUAUUACUUAUUAAUUGUUAAAUUAGGGAUAAUGGACUAACUUUAUGCCCUGCUAACUGUCAUGGUUUUCAACUUUAUAGAAAUCUAUGUGCUACAUUUCACUAAGUAUACCUAGCUAUUGUACAAAAUUGUGAUCAAAUUUCAUCCUAAAAUUUUCACAAAUGAUUUCAUUGAGUACUAAAUUGAUUAACUUGUAAAGUAUUCAGAAAAUAAGGUACUGCUGUGCAUAAAAGAUACUAUAGCUUGGUUUAAUUAAUAACAUUUAUGUAAAAAAAUAAUAUUUUCUCAUGUUAGCUCAUAUGUGAAUAACCUUGUUUGAAACAUACAAGCUAUUGAACUUCAAAAUGCCAAUAAGAUUGACAUACACUUGAUUUAAUUUACAGAAUAGAUGUUGGUUAGGCAUUCAUACAAGAUAACCACCAUCAAUGCUGAUAACCUUGCCAGCAGCACCAAAGUCACUGGCCUUCAUUAGAAAUGAUCUAUUUUAUAAACAAAGCUGAACAUUUCUUUCUAGUAAAAUGCAAAGUUUUUAGUUAUUAUUUGGCACUCUAACCUUGCAAAUCGAAGUUCUAACCUGUAUUACAGUACUUGUUUUUUUUCAUGACAAGUGGCAAGUCAACUGCAGAUUUUGCUAUGUGGUGACUUAUGAAGCAUUGAUGGCAGGUGUUGUUUCAUCAAUUUGGUGAAAAUCUCAAUAAUAUGAGAAAAAUUGUUCUUUUAAAUCUCUGUGAACCUUCAUCAGCAUGGAUGGUUGACUGUGUUAUUCAGUGCUACUGUGAUAAUAAAUUAAAGAUGAAUUUUGCAGUCAUUUUGCACUUCAAAAAAUACAAAGCCCAAAAUCUUAUAUUUGCAAAGUUGCUCUGGAAUUUAAUAUCAUCAGAAUCUUUUAUGAAAUCUUGAUGCUUGCCCUACAGUAGCAAGGACUACAAAGAUAAGAAUGGAAAGGAGGGACUGAUGGAGAAGACUGGAAAUUCUUUAAAGCUUUUGAAAGCAUCACUAAUGAGUUCUGACCCAUGUUAUGAAUCCAUCUCCUGUGAACAAGAAAAUUUACAAAGCAAUGAAAUGCAAGCAAAUGAUUUAUCAAAUUUUUCAUAUUCGCUUAAAUUGAUUAAAGCUUGUGAGCAUGCAGUAACAAAUGGAAUUAAAAGAAAAAAAUAUUACCUUAAUGAUGAAGUGAUAAGUUGCAAACCAUUCUAUCCAAGUCCUUUAUCAUUGAAAAGAUUGGCCUACCCCUAUUCUUGUGAACUUUUGCACAUGACAAGAAUGGUGUUGGAGAAAGAACCAAACCUUGUAAAAGAAAAUAAGAAAAAAUUAAGAAAACAAGCUUCAAUUAAGGCUUUACUAAAAAGUCUAUCUGUUUCCCUGAAAUGUAGUACCAAUGAAGUAAUCUGCAACUCCAAUAUGAAUUCAUACCCUAUGAAAGAUAAGCUGCAGCAAUUGGUGGACAAUUUACCAACUAAUAAUGACUUUAAUAAAUCUUUUCCUGAUGAUGAGUGCAAGGGAUCCCUGCAUGAACUUCUAUCGACCUUGGGUGAAGAAGAUAUCCACAGUUGUGCAUUAGAAAAUUUUUUUUAUUCAUCCUUGUUAGUGAGAGCAAGUGAACUGCAUUGCUUACAAAGAAUGAAGCACUCAAUUUCUACAGGUCAAAAACAGAGACAUUCUUCUUCUCUCAAUUCUGAUAUUUUGCAAGUUAUUCCUGUAGAGUCAACUCAAAAAUCAGAUAGAAUUGAUGAAAGUUUCCUUCAAGAGUCAAAACCACAGAUUAUGCCACCUAAUUUAACUAUUAGAGCAUCAGGAGAUGUUGGCAAACUGAAUCACGUGUCAGAUUCUAGUGUUACAUUCUGGGAGCCAUUCACUGCUUCAUCGAAUGCAGAGCAGAGGAUAAAUGCAGAGUCAUCCGAGUCCAAAAACCUCAGAAAGUGUAAGAAAUUGAGAUCAAAAGCUCUAUGUAAACCAAGUUUAUGUGUCACUCAAAAAUUGCCCAAACCUGAUUAUCCCUCAAGUUUCCUUGAAACGAAGGAGCCCGCUACAAACUUCCAGAUGCUUGAAUCCCAUGAAUAUUCUGACAACAAGACGUACCAGCCUAGUGAUUGCACUACUCAUAACAAGUCUGUUCAUUAUACGGAAAGCCUUAGAGAAAAUCAUUCCAAGAGUGGCUAUUCUAAGUUCACCAGAAUACCAGAACUUAUACCUUUCAGCCAAGAAACACUCGGAGGUUUAGCUGCAAGAACUUCUAAAGUCAAAUCUUCACCUAUUGCUGGAGUAGCUGCAAGUGAAGAUACAUUAACAGAAGACUUGCCUGUGCCGCAUCUCUCCAUGGCAGGCUUGUGGUGCAGACUCAACAUCGGUCCACUACAUCAUGACGGAGGCCAACAACUUGAUUGUAAAAGUAGUUCAGCUUCGGUAGAUUCUCAGCUGCAAUGCUAUUUGUGUGACGUUCCUUUCAAUUCCUCAAGUGAUUUGCAACAUCAUAUUCUACUCUGCCACACUGCUUGUGGUCUUCAUGGCAGAGUCAGAGACUAACUAAUGUGAAAUAUAAACUGUAACAAAAGCUUUUUUAGUUAUUUCUAUCUAUUUAUUAUCACAUGUUUAGUACAAGUUCAAUUGUUGCACUGAAUUUUAUAUGUAUGUACACCAAGUUGGUUAAACAAAUUAGAACAAAUGGCAAACCAGCAAAUGGGGUAACAUUGUUUCAAAUUUAAUGUUUAGUUUUAUCAUCUCGAUAUCUCAUGAUAUUGAUUUAUAUCUCUAAACAUUUCUCAAUGUGCAAACAAUCAUUUAAUCAUCCAAUUAUAACUACUGUAUGCUGAGACCUCUCAAUGACUUUGCAAUAUUGUUAUGAUCAUUAAAUGGUAAACAAUGUAAACUAAUAAAAGAAACUUCAUUUUAGUUAAUUAUAAAUGGCAGCCCCUGCCAUUGAUUAUUCUGCCGUAGCAUUGUAUUGUAAUAUGUAUAAUAAUCAUUUUACAUGACAUAUAUUUGCCUAUUUUUUAAGGAUUCAUCAUCUGACAAAUUGUCUAGUUUAGUCAGGCAAUCUUGCUUCUCUGCGCGAAAACUCAAGUCUCUUCCAUGGAUUAAACUGAAAGUGUUUCAUCAGAUAAGCUGACAAUUUUGCCGGGGUAUUUCAGUCGAUUAUAUGCAACAAGCGCUAAGUUAUCCAGAGCAAAGUCUUCAGAUUUCAGACCAACUUGUGAUUCUGUAUUGUUAGGCCUGUGAACAGGUAUGCAUGAUUCUUCUUGUAUUUCUUCAGAAAAGGUUUUGCUUUACACUUCAGACUCUAGCAUCAUGUCAAAUCAUAAACGAAGAGUAACUCAUUUUUUUAUUUUCUUCUUUGAAACUUCGGUCUUAUUAUCAUGAUGUGUGUAAAUGUUUGUGCCAUGCAACUCCUGUUAUUCAUGCAAUCAGCUGAUCAGUAGCUCUAGCACCAGCUGAUGCAACCCUCAAGCUGGAGCUGGAAGUCUCAACGGUGUCCAGCAGGUAAUCUCAGCGAAAUUGGCACCCAAUUUGCAGAAUCAUUUGAUGCCGUUCCUCGCCCCCCAACCUAGUAUGUUAUUUCUUCAAUGUAUUGGAGGCAAUACUACAGCAGGAUUUUUAUGAUCUGAUGAGAGUUACUGACUGCAACGCAAAAAGUUGGGAGAAGUUUAUCCAAUCCUAUGAAUAUUUAUUUACCAAUUACGUGCAGACAAUGACUAAUGUAAUUUUAUAUGUAAUAGAAAAUACCUCCUUGAUAAUGCAGAUUUCAAUAUUGAUAUCUCGGUAACUAAGCUAUCCCUUGUAUGUUCAACAGUAGAAAUUUAUGUUUGUUAUUGUUUACUAUCUAUAGUGUAUAACUCGAAUUUUAUUAAAUUUCCAAUUUUCUUCCAUCAAUUUCAAUAUCCUGUCAGCAAAUGGUCAUUUCAAAGUCCGUUUUGAAGUAACGCAAGGCGGUACUCACAUUUGUUAACUAAGAGACUCGAGUUUUGUUUUACUAGUACCUACUACUCAUGGACUUGACUCUUGAGCGACCUACACAAAUGUCAGUUGCAUACGUACCCAACUAUUUUUCUGCCUUUGAACAAUUAAUCUAUUCAAGCUGUUAUUAAUUUUUAAAUUUGAAAUUGCGGACUAAUAUCAUGCCUUGCUUGCCUAAGCAAGUCAUGUCAUGUUCAACUUUGAACUACUCGUUGUUGAAAGUGGUUUCACAUCCCUUAAAUGACCAUCGUAACUGAUAUUUCAUUAAGAAAAGCGGAUCGUUCUUUGCAAAAAAAUAAUGCAUUUACUUAAACAGGAAAAACUUUAUUCUGUCAUGAAAAUAUUUUGCAUAUAAAAAAUAUUCUAUAGCUAUAAAAUACACAAUUGUUUAAAGUGAGUAAACUUUAGGAGCAGGCAGGAAAGACCUGGGCGUGGGGGCGCCCAUGAGGCUGAGCUUAGGCUUCCCUGCGGCGCUGAGAGUCGCGGCGCUCUUGCGACGCACGGCGGGCUGGCGGCCAGUCCGCACCUGGAGGAAUAUCAAGUAGUAGUAAUAGUAGUAGUAGUAGGGGGAGAGGUUUCUAACGCUUCAGAUCAGUUUCGGAAUCAGGAAUAUCAAUGACUUAUUUUGCUGUCUUAGCCUCAGUCUCAUUCUCUUCAUACCAGCGACCAUAUUGAACUGCCGCUUGUUGCUUAUAUCACAAUGCGAACAUAGAAUAGAGCAGAAUCGUUAAUUUCAUGCAGAUGUAUAGGAGAACAAAAUGAUAUCAAUACUAUAGUGCAGAUAUCAAAGUAGGACAUUCCCAUUGAGAAAAAUCGAUAGAAAAUAUUGAAAUCAAGCAAGUGGUAUAUUGAAGGUACAUUCAUGUUCUACAUCUACACGACAAAUUCGAGGCCCGUGUGCAAUGAAUUGGCAAUUAAUUACAUCGAGAAAAACUCCCACCUGAAAUUUUUGAACGCCUGCAACGAAAAACUCUCCUGAACUCCCGCUAGAAGGCGCGGCCGCAGUGCUCUUAGCCGAGGUGCGCCUCUUUUUUCCUCUAGCGAAUCUGCGCCCACCAAACCUGCAGUGACACUCCAAAUUAUUAUUGGCCAUGCAAAGAAGAUCUAAAUAUUUUCAUUAAAUAAAGAUAAGCCUAUAAAUGUAUAGGUUUACAGGGGCUGAAUGAGUCUCCAGCUGUCAAUUUGCAAUCCACCGGAUUUGUCAGGACGGUGAAGUUCUCGGAUUAAUUUCGAGUCUACAUUUCGCACCGUAUCUACGAUACAUUUUGCAUGUACUUAUGUCAUUUCCAAAUUUCUAGUUUUGUAAAGCUCUUCACCAACUGAGUAGUAUAAAUAUUGUUUAUUUGAAACGUCGUAUUCAAGUAAAAUGUC